UUCAAGUUAAUACAAUAUGUUUUUUAGUGUAUUUCACAUAAGUUCUAAAAGUUCUCUUAUCUAUUCCUUCCAUCUCAACGCUCUUUCCACAAAAACUCUCUCUUUUUGGGCUGACAUAAAAGGUAAACAAAUUUGUAUAAUCAGUUCAGUCAAAGAACAGCUGUUGCGGGCGUAAGAAGUGAUACUUAAAAAGUGCUAAAACGUACAAUCUUGAAGAUAAUACUGGACGGUGGUACCACAAUUAUUGGAUCGAGUCUAAAAGUUGCCGACGAGCAAAGUUCAGAAGGCCGUCGGGAUGGGAACUUUGUCAUUAAACGAUUUUCAGGAUGUAAAAAUCCCGGCACCUUGGGGUCACAUCUCCGGUCGCUGGUACGGUAAUCGAACAGAACGACCUAUUCUAGCCAUUCAUGGCUGGUUAGAUAACCUGGGAACCUUCGAUCGACUGAUUCCCUUGCUCCCUGAUUAUUUAGGCGUGCUGUGCAUCGAUCUGCCAGGACAUGGAAGGUCCUCGCACAUACAACCGGGAAUGUGCUACAAUGCCUUCGACUACGUUUUUAUCAUUCCCCGAGUCAUGAAGGAGUACGGCUGGCGGAAGGUAUCCCUGAUGGGACACUCGCUGGGUGCCAUGAUGUGUUUCAUUUACACUUCCCUGGCUCCUCAUACAGUGGAUAUGGUCAUUUCGUUGGACAAAUUGCUGCCCACAUCUUCACCACGCUCAAAUCAGUUGGAGCAUAGAGCUCAGAAAAUGGAGAGGCACUUGAUCGAAGAGGAUCGGCAGGAGAAGGUAAAUCUGCACGAGCCACCUUCCUAUUCCUACGCCCAGCUGUGUAAGCUCUUGGCCAAAGGAAGCUCCGACUCGGUGACCCCCGAGCUGGCCAAACACCUGCUUUACCGCCAGGUCACCAAGUCGCAACUCUAUCCGGAUAGAUUCUUCUUCUCCAGGGAUGGACGAGUCAAGUUUUACAAUGUACCUCACAUAGAACUGGGAUUAGCUGAAGAAAUGGCGCGGCGUAUUCAGAGAAAGCCAUACUUGAUCAUAAAGGGUUCCAAGUCAAUUCACUUGCCGCUAGACCAAUGCAAGGGGACCAUGUCCAUCCUGAGUCACAACAAUCCGCACUAUGAGUUCUACGAGGUGGAAGGCACCCACCAUGUUCAUCUUCAUGCAGCCGAGGAGUGUGCUCGGUUCAUAGUGCCCUUUAUUCGACAUCACCGGCCCCCUAUCCUUACAUCUUGGUCUUUGGCUGGAAAAGAAGCGAAACUAAGCCUAACAGAGAGACGCCGGGAACAGGAGAAAUAUUUAGAGAGGAGCAGGAAUAAUCGCAGUAAGCUGUAAAGAUGCUUACAUUGGGAAAAACAAACAAUUAAAACAAUUAAUUUUAUGAAUUAUAAAUAGUCAACAAAUGAAUUGUAUGAAUAAUAAAUAUUCAAAAAUUGAGAGAAUGAAAAAACCCUCAAAGUUUUGUUAGGAAGAUACGAGAAGACCUUUAAAAAUAACAUAGAAUAUUUAUACAUUUUCUUGCAUUAAUGAUUCAAACAGAAAAAGGUACUACAUAUUCCCACUUGAAGUACUCUUCCUUAGAUU